AUGCUUCCCCUUUUAUGUGCCGUUAACAUCACCAACACCGCCCUCAACCUAUUUCCGAUUCUGAUUUGCAACACAGCACCUCCGCGAUCAUCUCCUUCCGGCCGCGAUUCAUUCCCUCGAAGCUCACUUCUUCGCCUCGCUCUCACCCGCUUUAUCAGUCGCGUCUCAAUCUUUAUGUUUCACCUUCAGAACAAGCCAUCAAGCAAACAUCGUAUACCAUGGAUCCACGGAUCCGAUCUAUACCUGAGAGAAAUCUGGCGUUUCUUCGAUUCAGUGUUGUUGUUGAUUCUGAUUCGUGAUCUUGACGUGUUGGUGAUGAUUGUUGUUGAAGCGUUGUUGCUGAUCCAGGUUGUAGGAGAUGAAGAUAAAGAUGAAAUGUUGAUGAUGAUGAUUGAAGCAAGAUGCAGAAAAAUAGAUAUGCUUGUGGUGUAA